CGCACAUUUGCUGCUGACGUUGAAGGAGUUUGAACACUUUUCUGUUUUGGUCGCUAAAUUACAAAUUACUUGGCGCUUUCCACGGCCACAUCUUAACGAGUAUACGUGAUAUUUCCCCGUCAAUUUGCUGGCUGCAUUCGUUUUGCAAAAGUAACAUUCAAUCAUCCGAAGAAUAAUGUCCGUCAACUUGCGUUCGGUGUUUGCUUUCGCAAAGGAGUACCAUCAAAAGAAGGAAUCGCAGAAGGAUAUCCAGUAUGGAACGGCUGGAUUCCGAUCACAUGCUGAUAACCUGGACUACGUAAUGUAUCGUAUGGGUGUGCUCGCAGCGCUUCGUUCGCGAGCGAAAGCAAGCCAAGCGAUCGGUGUCAUGAUAACGGCUUCCCACAAUCCGGAACACGAUAAUGGGGUGAAACUGAUCGAUCCACACGGUGAAAUGUUGGAGCAACGCUGGGAAAAGCUGGCCACCGAUCUGGUCAAUGUGGCCGAUAGUGAAUUGGAGGCACAGGUGGCGAAAAUUUGUGAGGAUGAGCAAAUCGACAAUAACGAACCGGCCAAGGUGUUCGUCGGUAUGGACACACGCUACCACAGCCCCCAAUUAUCGCGUGCCGUUGUGAACGGUAUACUGGCAUUGAAAGGUACGGUCACCGAGUUCGGUAUCGUCACCACUCCGAUGUUGCACUAUUUCGUAACGUGUACCAACACCCAAAAUACGUACGGGCUACCGACGGAAGAAGGCUACAUGAAUAAGCUGAUUAUGGCUUUCAAAGCACUACGUAGCGAGUCUUGCGAACGGGGCAACUAUCGGAAUCAGCUAUACUACGACGGAGCAAACGGUGUGGGUUCACUGAAGAUGCUCGGUUUCAUCAAGAAGCUAAAUGGGGCGCUCAACGUGAAGGUGUUCAACAGUAAUGGUAAAAUCAACUUUAAAUGCGGCGCCGACUUCGUCAAAACGAAUCAUCGCGUUCCGGAGGGUUUACCCGAGGAAGCAUUAGCGAAUGGACGCUGCUGUUCGGUGGAUGGUGACGCGGAUCGUGUGGUAUACUAUUUCACCGAUAAUGAAGGUGUGUUCCAUCUGCUGGAUGGUGAUCGGAUAGCAACACUGUUGGCUGGCUAUUUGAAGGAUCUUAUAGAACAGUGUGGUGUUCAGCUGGAAAUGGGAUUGGUGCAGACGGCCUAUGCUAACGGAGCUUCUACAGAUUACAUUGUUAAUCGCAUGAAAAUCCCUGUAAGCUGCACUCGCACCGGUGUCAAACAUUUGCAUCAUAAAGCGCUCGAGUACGACAUUGGUGUAUACUUCGAGGCAAAUGGUCACGGCACUAUCAUCUACAGUGAUAAGGCUAAGCAGGCUAUAAAGGCAGCGAGUCACGAUGAAACCCGUACCGAAGAACAACGCAAAACGGCGGGUAGACUGUUGCAAAUCAUCGACCUAACGAACGAAACCGUUGGAGAUGCCAUCUCCGAUAUGUUGCUGGUCGAAACGGUGCUCCAUGCGAAGGGCUGGAAUCUAGACGACUGGCUGGCAAGUUACACCGAUUUGCCCAAUGUGCUGGAAAAGGUUUACCUUGCCGAUCGUAACGUGAUAACCGUCACGGACGCUGAUCGAGUGGUGGUUUCGCCGGAGGGUCUGCAGGAUUCGAUCGAUGAAAUUGUUGUGAAAUUUCCGAAGGGCCGUUCAUUCGUGCGUCCAUCCGGAACAGAGGACAUCGUGCGUGUGUAUGCCGAGGCCGACACACGAACCAAUGCUAAUCAGUUAGCGUUCGAGGUGGCCAAUCUGGUGUUUGAUCGUGCUGGUGGCAUUGGCACGCGUCCGGUUAAGAUGGACUGUUAAGAUCAGGCUUAUUGGCCUGGCACACUGAAGGCGGAUUCAAAUGAAGCGCUGUGCUACUGAAACUGCCAACACAUUUUUACUGCACCGUUUUUACAUUCUUUUUAGAGCUUUUGAAUUAGUUUUAAGAAUAACGCAAGUGAAAGCAAUGAGAUUACUUAUAACUUGUUUUUAGUAUCACAUGUAGCAAAAAUUGUGCUUGAUCAAAACAGAAUCUUAUAUUAAUGUUAAACAUUUUGAUAAUCGAACGUAUGCAAAAAUAUAAACAUUUAUACCUAUAUUAAUUAAAAUUUUAAUUAUAUUUUUCCCUGAGAAACAAGCGCUCAAGUUGUUGCACAGAAGAAUGGA